AUGUCAGGCCCAAACCUCCAUAACGCUCUCCUCCGUCCUCCGAUCAUCCAAAUCCUCCGCGCCCAAGGCUUCCACUCCACACGUCCCUCAGUCUUAGAAUCUAUCCAAGAUCUCACUGGACGGUAUUUGGUCAUUCUAGCCUCAUCUGCAGCUGAACAUGCUGCAAAUGCGCAUCCACACGACCCUGUUCCGGACCUCGAAGAUAUCUACCAAGCCCUGCUAGACGCAGGAGCCAUACGGCCACAAAUGCGCGAAUGGGAAGAGGAUUGGCAUGGAGAAGAAGAUAUGCGCGGGAUUGAUUCUUUCCUCGGCUGGAUCACUGGCCCUGUCCACCGUGAAAUCCGACGCGUUGCCGGCUUUGUGCCCAGCGAGGGUGACAUGGUGGACCCCGACGCCAUUGAAAAGGAGGAUUACUUAACUGCAUUGAAGAAGAAGCAUAGUAAGACUGGCGAAGAGUCCCGCUACGCUGGAACUGUCCUGGGAAAACAUGCCGAGGAACACCCUGUCAUUAUUGAAGGUGGUGCCCCUAGUAUUCAAGACUGGGGUGCGCAGAUUCGUGCUCGAGUUUCCGAGGCGCCGGACAGUGACAGUUCAGGUGUGAGCAGCGCACCAAGCCAUCUCUCUGAGGACCAAGUGAUGGAGGCGUGA